AGAAUCUGACAAUUUAUACGUUACGAUGUGAAUGAAAGAUGGUCUCUUUCUUGUCACGGUUAUCGUGGUCGUUCCUGGUGAAGAGACACACGAAUCUGUCACGAUGCACGCUGACUGUCUUCACGGAGCCAUGCACACAAAUUCGACCACUUCAUUCGCAGCAACAGCAGCAGCGAAAGGUACACGAAAAGAAAGGGAAUAAUCUAUUAACCUAUACUGUAUUUGUCUCUGGUCUCUGCUACGCUAUAUACAAGUGGAAAGAUGAUAUAUGGCAGGGAAUCAAGAGUUUUGACGUCUACAAAUAUUCUGUUGUUCACGCUACCUCAUCGCAACCACCCAGUAAUAGUCAAAAUAGAGACAAAUACAAUUUUAUAGCAGAUGUAGUGAAGAUAUGUGCACCGUCUGUAGUAUACAUUGAAGUUAAAGAUACCAAGAGGAUAGAUAUAUUUACAGGAAAACCAGCCACUACUGGUAACGGAUCAGGAUUUAUUGUUAGUGAAGAUGGUUUGAUACUAACAAAUGCUCAUGUUGUAAUAAGCAGACCUAAUGCAACAGUGCAGGUAAAUGUGAGGCUUCACGAUGGUAGUGUACAUAUUGGAGUGAUAGAAGAUGUUGAUAUAGAAAGUGAUCUUGCUACUGUACGGAUAAAUAAGACCAAAUUACCUGUAAUGAAACUAGGCAGCUCAGCCAAUAUCAGACCAGGAGAGUUUGUAGUGGCUAUUGGUUCUCCGCUGGCUCUCAGUAACAGUAUAACAAGUGGAGUAGUGAGCAGUGUAAAUAGGAACAGUAGUGAAAUUGGUCUGUACAAUAAACGAAUGGGAUACAUACAAACGGAUGCAGCAAUUACUUUUGGAAAUUCAGGUGGCCCAUUAGUGAAUCUGGAUGGAGAAGCAAUAGGUAUCAAUGCAAUGAAAGUGACGGUCGGUAUAUCAUUCGCUAUACCUAUAGACUAUGCGAAAGAAUUUUUAAAGAAAACGGAAGCGCGUAGAAAGAAUAAAGGCCUAAUGGAUCAACAGGAUAGACAUAGGAGGAGGUAUCUAGGCCUCACCAUGCAAUCCUUGAUGCCCGACAUCUUGAACGAGAUACAACAAAAUAAUAAAUAUACGUUUUUGAAGCACGGAGUUCUUGUGUGGAACGUAAUAAUUGGAUCUCCAGCCGACAACGCUGGAUUACAACCCAGAGAUAUAAUCACGCAUGCUAACGGUGAGCCAGUUGUGUCUUCGGCCGAUAUAUACAAGCUUCUAGAACAAUCAGGAAUAUUACGUUUAAAAGUUUUAAGAGGAGAAUCAAUUUUACAUAUAGAUGCUAUUCCUGAAGAAGUAUAGUAGAAUUUAUCGAAGUGUUUUGUGAUGAUUGGAUAAAACUCUGGCGAAGUGGAAAGCAAGGUAAAAUUGUAAAACAUAUGUAUGAUUUAUAAUAAUCAAAGACAUAAUAAUCAAAUUAUUUGUUAAUA